AUGGCGUCGCCAGCAGAGGCGCUCCAGUCGCUGAAUUCCGCGCGCGAGAUUGUGCUCAAAGACCACACCCUGUACCCCCAAGUAGUCCUCGGUGUGCUUCAAGUCAUCGCAUACACAGCCCAGCUCGAGGUACGACGAUGGGGUGCCGACUUCUUAGCAGAGACGUUCGCGUCGCAAGCAGUCACGCCGGACGAGAAGCAGCAGAUGGCGCCGACGGUGCUGGAGACGUUGAAGGGCUGGCUGAACCGGAAAGAGCUCAUGGGCGAGGACGAGGACACGACUGUGGUGAAGAGUGCUGUGCAGUGCGCCGCCAGCGUAUAUCCGUUCAUCUUCAGGCAUACUGUCAACAAUACUUCUGACAGCGAAUCAUGGAGCAAGAUGGCCACGAUCAAGAGUAGCAUACUGCGCAGAAUGGACACUGCAAGUCCUGGGGUGCGAAUAUGCUGCAUAAAGUUCGUGGCUUGCGUGGUGCAAACACAGACCCCAGGCCUGAUUGCAGAUCCACGACGGCCGGAGCAGAAUGAGAUCAGUCUUGCAUUGGUGCCUCGCGAUCAUACUGUGAUACCGCCUGCCAACCUGGAGGCGGAGGCAUCUGGACUGCUGGAUCGAUUACUUGGUGUCCUUCAGGACAAUCUCUCAGAUGCACUCAUCGUGACCGCAACGCUCAAUUCUCUCGCAAGAUUAGUGCAUCGAAGAGCCAGCAUAUCAAGCAAGAUUCUCGCCACUGUCCUUCAAUUCAAUCCUUUGCGAGCAGCCGGCAGGCCAAUGACGACGAAGGACAAGCUCACCAUCAAGAGCAUGACCCGCACCACCAUGUCGUUUCUGCUCAACUGUUUGAAGCGAAAUCCGAACAGUGCCUUUGCUGGAAGGAUACAGCAGCAAAUUGAGCGUCUGAAGCAUGGUCUUAUCGAAGUGUUUUCUGAGAACCACCACCUCAAGCGACCAGCGCCCGAGGAGCCAGUCGACGGCCUGGACGAUGCAAAGCGUCAACGUCUCGAUGCAGAUGCUACGAACGGCACGAAUCGGUCACAACAACAUAUCCCGCACACAGGCUACCCACCACUGCCGCCCGGGCCAAUGUCUCUUGCACAGCUAUGGACGUUGACGAAUGACCGCUCGGUGGCAGAGUUCCAGGCAGACCGACUGCCGAUACCAAUCAUCCAACAAUUAAUACCUGCCAUGCUCAACGCAGUGCCGAAGGAGAAGCUCGAUGAGGCCAUCAAUGCGGUACGUUCGAGGUGGCUCGACCUGACACGCGCACCGCCUAUGCCCAACGUUCCGAGACCUGUCCCUGGAGAUGAGGACGAUGACGAUUAUGAUCCUACCUUUGGACUAUCAGGAGAGAAUCAAGCCGUCAGUCGAUUAGAGCACCUCCCUUUAGGUGGACCUACGAAUGACGUUGCUAGUACUUUCACCCUGCCUCCGCCGGCGCCUGUGAAUGAUAUGGAGCGAGACGAAUACAGUAAGACUGCCGUGACACGGGUCUUCGAGACCCUUAAGGACAUGGACAACGACAUCAGAGUAAAAGGCAAGCCAGCUCCAGCAGAACAUAGCUUCAACCGCCUGGCUGCGGCGUCGGCUUCAGGACACGAUAGAGAAGGCUGGGUUGCGUUGAUGAUCAGGGUCGCGACUCGAGGCUCAGGGGGGAACGGCAAUGGUGUCAAGGGAGAGAAUGGCGAGCGAUCUCUCGCCAAGAAAGGACGACCGUUCACGGUGUCCUGGGGCAUUCGCGAGUCCCUCUUAAACUAUGUGAUGGAAGCCUUCCGACAACGAAUCGACGUAGCCAUAAUGUGGCUAAGCGAAGAAUGGUACUCUGACCGUCUCUCCAUCAAGGAGAGACAAGCAGAGGGCGAAGACGUCGAGGACGACGACUUCCCCAACUAUUGGCACUGGACACUGCGAACACUGGACGCUAUGGUGCCCUACUUCGACGUCAAGGACGACAAAGUGCUGAUCAGAUUCCUCUCGGAAGUCCCGGCCAUCAAUGAGGAUGUACUGGACCGAGUCAAGAGGCUUGCGGAAGAUCCAGAGAGGAUACAGAUGAGCACUAAGACGCUGCUGUAUCUCAUCAUGUUUCGACCACCCGUGCGUCAGCUGGCUAUCGAUUGUGCUGAGCAGAUGUGGAAGGAGAAUCCGGAUGCGAAGCCAGCAGCCAGAAAGAUACUGACCAAGUGGAGACCGGGGGUACUCGAACAAGAGGGAGCUGCGGAGACCAAGACAGAGGCGCAGUAG